AUGUCCAAUGUCAUCCUUGUUCGGUUAGUCAUGUUGGCUUUUGUGGCCACAGGAACCAAUCUGUCUCUCCAGUUUUUUCCGGCCAGCUGGCAGGGAGAACAGCGACAAACACCUAGCCGGGAAUAUGUCGACCUAGAAAGAGAAGCAGGCAAGGUGUACUUGAAGGCUCCCAUGAUUCUGAAUGGUGUAUGUGUUAUCUGGAAGGGCUGGAUUGAUCUCCACAGAUUGGAUGGUAUGGGUUGCCUGGAGUUUGAUGAGGAGCGAGCCCAGCAGGAAGAUGCACUAGCACAACAGGCCUUCGAAGAGGCUCGAAGAAGAACUCGUGAGUUUGAAGAUAGAGACAGGUCUCACCGGGAGGAAAUGGAGGCAAGAAGACAACAAGACCCUAGUCCUGGUUCCAACUUAGGUGGUGGUGAUGAUCUCAAGCUUCGUUAAUACUAGCACAGCACCCGUGCCACCCAUCUCUAGUGCACACUGCUUCUAGUUGGUAUCAGUAACACACUGUGCGACCAGAAACUGUGAUACUGGAGGUACUGCAGGCCAUCUCGUGACUGGGGCAGUAAAAGACAUCAUCGGCUGCCGUGGUUUUGCACUAUGAUAUCUGCAUUCUGGUUUUUAAAACAUGUAGCCAGUAAUAAUUUGAAAUUUUUUUCUAUGCAAGCUUAUCUUGUUGGCAUUAUUUUGGUUGGGUUGAAAGUAUCUUCUUUCUCCAUUUUAUUUAAAAGUUCAUGUCAUUUAAGAACAAGAUAAGAAAUUGAAAUUUGUAUCAGGGUUUUCUUCAGCAGUUGCUUAAAAUUAUUUUAUACUUUCAGAUGAGUUGGUUAUACAGUCUUCCUUCUAGAUGAGCAGCCUUUGUGUUUGUUUUCUCCAUAUUACUUUGUUUUUUGUAUUCUACACCAUUUUACAAAUAAGAUGUGUUUGCAUUUUCUUACAAGCUAAACACCUAGCAGCGUAAAGUUGUCUGCCACCGCCUCCUAAAAUAAACGUUUACAGUUGUGAAAGUCACAGUAUCCUUUUAAAUACUAGUACUCACCUUUUCUUGCCCUUUUAAACAUAAAUUUUUUAAAUUAGUAUUCAUUUUUAUUUGUCUUAGAUCUGUUUCAAGUUCUAGUCUAUAAUCAUGAGUUUGGGUAGAGGUGUUCUCCAUAGGUGAUAAUGUUCUACAGAAAUGCCCAAAGAAGUCACAGGCUGGCUUCUGUUUUAUUCAGGGAUUUUAUUUUUUAAGUCAAUCAGAAAAGGGAUACUGGAACUUAUUCUAUGUAACAGCAUAUUAAACUGGAGGCAGUGAUGAAUCAGCUACAAAGGUAAAUUGUAUUAAAAUCAUGUUUAAGAUAGCUGCUUUCAUGUGUAUUUUAUAUUGCAUGCUUUUGUAGAAACAAUAUUGGGUGAUGAAGAUUAGUCUUAGAAAAUGUUCAUCUGUGCAGGAGAUACAUUUUCUUCCAUUAAUUCUGGGUAAAACAUUCACAGUUAUAUAUGAUGGUAUUUUGCAAAAGGACUAUUAAUAGUGCAUUUUGAGAUGAAUCAGUGUAACAAUAUUUUUAAAAUAGGCUUAGUGUCAAAUUGCAAUUUUUUUAAAUAUAAAACUGGAAAAAAGUGCUAAGUCAUUUGGCACAUGCUUACAGAUACUUUUCUUGGUCAUAUUCAUUAAAUGUUACUACAUUUCUGAAUUUUUGCAAAAAUGUAUUUUAUCAUAAAAUGGCAUUAUUUUAGAGAAUUUUAAAAACUGACAUGGUCAAUUCAGAAAAGUCUGAAUAAGGUCAUUGCAUUUAAAAAGCAUAUAAAGAUACUUGAUUGUGAAGGUGUGUCUUUCAUUGUAUAUAUAUAAUUCAUCAACAAAUACCUGUAUCUCAAAAUAAAAAUAUUUGUUAUAUAUUUGAA